UACCAUGCACGGUUUUGUGCAUAUCUUACUUCCGGGAAAAUGACAGUUGGAGGACAGGCCGGUUGCGGCUAGUACAUGUACUGUAGGCCUAGAGGGAACGAAUAGAAAGGCUAUAAUAAGUAAUGUAUGACUAUCAACUUUGACUAUGGGUGACAGAAAUAUUCCAAGACAAUAUGAAGAGGAAAAAUCGGAACGAGCGAGUUCUUCAGGUUUACAGUGGACCCAAGAUAACCAGGAUUACUUUGGGUCAUUGGAAAAUAUGAACAUACAAGGUACCAACGAGGUCCAACCUUCAGAUCAAUUGCAAGCUGCCACUGGUUACGUAAUCGGAGUUACAAGUAGUAUAUUUGCUGAACAUGUAUUGUCCCACCCCUUCAUAGUCCUCAGAAGACAAUGCCAGGUGCAUCAUCGUGGGAUAUGGUACCACAGUACACCUUUCACUCUAGUCACAGUUCUAGUACAUCUACAGCGACACCAGGGCAUGUCUUCCUUGUCAAAAGGGUUUGUCAGCGUACUAAUGUCCAAAGGCAUUCUAAUGGUCACUGAGACAGUCCUCAGUGAACUUACACCAUUACCAAAAGAGAUCACAAGACACAGUUCACCUAGGAAACAUCUAGAACAUUUGCUGCUGAAAGGAUUAUCAUACUUAAUGGCAACUCCCUUCCUUGCAACUAGUUUCAUAGAAACUAUUCAGGCCGAUAUCUCUAGUGAAAAGCCAGGGCCCUUUGAUUUCAUCAAGGAGGGUCUGAAUCGAUUGAUGGGGUGGGGCAUGCCGCAGACAACUCGACUCCUCCCCAUCUACACUCUCGUAUUACCUACAGCAGUGAUGGGCGUGUCACAGUAUGUCAUUAUACAGGUGGCCAGAGCAACCAUGUUGUCUACCUUCAAACAGAGGGAGCAAGAAAUGAGGAAUAAGUCCACAUCUGUUGACGGAAAGGAGCAAGAGGAGUCGCUGUACAACAAAUACUUCCCGGAGGUGAUGGCUAAUUUCGCUGGUAACCUUCUGGCGGAUGUUUUACUAUUUCCUGUGGAGACCGUGCUUCAUCGUUUGUACUUACAAGGUACUAGGACAAUAAUUGACAAUUUGGACACAGGUGUAGACGUGAUACCCAUCAGCACAAAUUACGAAGGAUUCUUUGACUGCUUCCGUAGCAUUGUCAUGGAAGAGGGUAUAUCGGGGCUGUACAGAGGAUUUGGUGCUCUGAUCUUACAAUACACACUUCAAGCUGGUUUACUGAAGUUUUCCAAGUACGUGUUUGAGAAAGUAUCUAAAGAAUUAAACCCACCAGUACCACUUCCAGUUGAUAGGCAGAGAUCAUCCGAAAGGAUCAACCUACCAAGACAACCACAAGAAGCAAGCUUGCAACAGCAGCGUGCACAACAUCCUCAGACGGUGUACAUGGAACAGACAUACAGAAGCCAAAGAAGAUAAAAUUGUUUUGAAGAUGACUUAUCGUUUUGCUUUGAAUGAAUUCGUUUUUCAAUUCAAUAUUUACAAUACUAAGAGGAAUCAACCUGGAGAUCUUUUCAAAUGCAAUCAUUUGUCAUGCUGCUUGAGAUUUGUUAGAUUAUUAGGGUAGAGUAUGUUAUAAUUUUAAGGAAAUUACUAUUAUAUUGUAAAAUCAACUACGCCAUGAUCCAAGACAUUUAUCACAUUCAGUUUUUACUCCGCCAGAAUCAAAGAUUCGGGGGUAUACACUUUUUUGCCUGUCCGUCUGUCUGUGGCAAAAAAACUUUAACCUGUCAUAUCUUUUACACCAUAAGAGGUAAAGCUGUCAUAUUUAAUAUGUGUAUUCCUUGUGGUAAGACCUUUCCAUUGACACAAAAAAUAUUUCACCUGAUGACCUAUAAAUUGACCUUUGGCCUACUUUUAAUAAAAUUAAAUAUAAGCCUUAAAAAGAGGUACUAUUUUUAUAUUAAGCAUGUGCAUUUUUUGAGAGAAGACCUUUCCAAUGAUACUAGAUUUGGUGAACUUGACAUUGACUGACAUACUUUUGGAAAUUAAAAAAAAAACUACAAUGUCUUACAGUUUCACUUUGUUGUAAUCCGGGGGCAUCAGUGUUUCACAAACACAUUUUGUUUGUCUUAUAGUAUGUUAUGCAUACAUCACUGUGUCAUUGCUUUUGAUUAAAGUUAAUUCAUGUAUGUGA